CGUCAUGUAUUCACGGUCUCAUCGAAAAACUAUUUGAAGUGAACAACUUACUGGCCAUAGGUGGCCUACUUCGCAAGGCUUGAGAGCACAAAGGAUGGGCAGGCUUUCGAUGAACAGAAGUCAUGAAACUUGGCCUUCGAUAAGGAUACUGAACACCAGUUUAAUGUUAUCACUUGCCGUAGCAGCUACCAAACAAUGAAAUUAUUGUUUCAUGGAAUCAAAUUGGCCCAGAGAACCUACAACUUUCCAUCUUCUUAUUUUGUGGGCUAUAUUAACAACAUGCUUCUGAUGAAGAGAAGUCACGAAACUUGGCCUUCGAUUAGGAUACUGAACACCAGUUCAUUGUUUUCUCUUGCCGCAGCGGCAAUCAAACAUAGAAAUAAUAUUUUCUUGGAUUCAAAUUUGCCCAGACAACCUACAACAAUCCAUUUUCUUAUUUUAUGGGCUAUUCAAGCAAAAUCAGCUACCAACUUUCAUGGAAUCAAAUUGGCCCAGACAACCUACAACUUUCCAUCUUAUUUUGUGGUCUAUUUUAGCAAUAUGCUUCCGAUGAAGAGGAGUCAUUUAAAAAUAGAGGGACAAAAUUUAAGUGUUAAAAUUAUUUGGAUGUCAAUAAACCUAAUUUUUUUAAUUUCCUGUUUACUUCCUCUUUUGUAUCCUGAGCCAAUGUACCAACUCAGCCAGCCUGGUCACGUGAACAGGACUGCCCACCCGGCUUGCCGGGGGACGGCCCGCCCGACUGCACAUCAUUGCCUGCCCGACUAG